AUGGAGGGCCUCAUCAUCCUCGACUCGGCGGGCAAGGCGCUGUGUUCGCACUUUAGACGGCCGGGCUUGGCAGUCUUGGUGCUAGACGCCUUUGCGAGCGCGCUAUCGGAAGCAAAUCGCACGCAAUGCCCUCUCGAGCCUGUCAUUUGGGUGCCGGGCUUGCCAGAGCCAGUCUCUGUGGCUCGCCGGUCUCAUGAUAGUCCUCGACGGCGCAGAACAAGGACGCGCAGACGGUACAGCGAUGAGAGCGCGUCGUCGGACUCGUCAAGCGAGGAGAGCUCCGUUGAUGGCGACAGCGAGACGGAAGUACAGGCCAAUGGCUUUACGUCGGCGUACGAUGCUGCGCAGUCUGAGCCGCGCACAAGCGAAGCACUGAUACAGCCUCAAGGCUCAGCGUGCUGCCAUAUCUUACGCGGCGGUCUGCGCUUCAUCUUGCCCGUCAUACACGAGACAGACCCUACGCUCGUCUUUGCGUUCCUAGAGGCAUUCGUCGCUGUCCUGCAGGACUACUUUGGCGAAGUGUCGGAGUCGACGGUGAAAGAUAACUUUGACGUGGUCUAUGCUCUCUUUGAGGAUGUAAUCGGCCCACCUCGACCCGUCCUGACCGAUUCUGCGGCGCUCAAAGAGCUCGUACCACCUCCUUCGCUGAGCAACAAGGUACUCAGUGUAGCAGCGGCGGCCAUCAAUGCAUCUGCAGUCUUGCAGCCAAUACCGACCGUUGCAGUUCUAGGUAACGCGCCACUGUCGUCACCCAUUCUCUGGCGACGCAAUGGAAUACGUUACACGAACAACGAGAUCUAUUUUGACGUUUUGGAGGAAGUCGGCGCUAUCGUCGAUGCAAGAGGCAAGAUCGUCACAAGCGAAGUCUGGGGCAAGCUGCUUUGCAAAUGUCGCCUAUCAGGCGUGCCAGAUCUUCAGAUGAGCCUAUCGCAGAGCAACCUGCUGCAAGAUGUAUCGUUCCACCCAUGCGUCAGGCUAGCCAAGUGGCAUUCCGCAAAGCUGCUCUCAUUCGUACCGCCCGAUGGCCACUUCACUUUGCUCGAAUACCGACUUGGGCCGCCCAACACGGUCAACGAAUCUGGCGAGAUCAGCAGGAGCAGCGCCACAGAGCUGCCAAUCUCUCUCAAAGCGGAAGUGACAAGUGGUCGCAUCGGCGGAUCCUUCAAGCUCACUCUGGCGAGCAAAUUACCCUCUGCGCGACCUGUCGAGGCCGUCAGAGUCAUCUUUCCGCUCGGUCCUGCUGCCAAUGGCGUGACAGCAGAAGUGAGGGGUGGGCCGCCUGAUAAUGUCAGGGACGGACCGCAGGCGGGCACCUUUUGGGAGUUUGAUCCCGCAGAAAGAUGCCUUCUUUGGACGAUUCGCUCCUUUGACUCGAGCGAUCGUUCGCCUAGCAUCACAGGUACAUGGACACAUUCUGUGCCCACUAACAAGCCCGCGUCAUCAAUCGAAAUCCAUUUUAAUGCGUCGCUCGUCAACAUGUCGGGCAUCAAAGUCGACUCGCUCAAAGUGCUUGGCGAUCGACAAGCACCGUACAAGGGCGUCCGUCCCAUGCUGAGAAGCGGCAAGCUCGAGUUCAGAUGGCACUAA